AUGUCUGAAAAGAAGCAUUGUGAUAAGGAGAGUUGCUCUGCUCUUGAAGUGCCAGAUUUCAAGAAUGCUUUGAAGCAGUUCCAGAAACUAGUUGAAAAAACGGUAACCCAGAAGACAAAGGAGAGAUUAGGCUUGUAUAUUGAAGAUGAUGAUGAGAUAGACUAUGAUAAGUUCUAUACAACCACACAGACACUUUUUGGUGCAGAAGUCAAGGAUCAUAAUGUUAAGGCCUUUUUCAGGAAGAUUAGCAACAACCUUGAUACAAGGACAGAAUGGUGUGAGAUUUUUGGCUAUUUCAUAGGAGAAAGUGAUGCCCUGUCUUCCCAGCUGAGAGAAGAAAACAUGGUUUUCCUUGUAUCUGAAAAACAGCAGAUUACUCAUGCAGUUGUCAAGAGACAAGAUGUGAUUAAGGGUAUAGUGAAGGUGCCCCAUCUGGAUUUCACAGUAACAUCCUCUCAGAAAGGAGUUCUAACUAUUUUUAACAACCAGAUGACGGUUCUGGCAACCACCAGUGUUGAAGAUACUGCUUGGAUCACUGGAUGUGAUUUCCUACCUCAUCUGAAAUGUGUCGUGGCUGUAACUGAAAGGACAGUCAUCGUCUGGGACUAUAAAUCAAAAGGGAGUCAGAAUAAUUGCUUUACCAUCAAACCAAUGGAAAAUGGUCUGCUCUGUGUUUGCACGGUGACUAUGUCAGAUUACCUGGCUGAGGAUAAUAUCCUAAUGGGAGAUGAUAAGGGUUAUGUUCACCUGCUUACUGUGACCAGUGAUCACUUUGGAUUGAAACAAUGUAAAGGCAAAAAAGAAUCACAACUUCAGGUCUUGGACUCCAAAACUUUUAACAUUGUUAAACGCAAGCUACAUGAUGACUGGGUUGUGAAAGUUAAGUAUAUUUCUGAACUAAAUUGUUUUGGAUCCUGCUCCUCAGACAGCAUUCAUUCGUUUGUUUUGGAUGACAUAAAGCGACUAGAGGACAACUUACCUGUAAAGGAAUUUUCUGUCCCUAGAGGUGUCAAUGCCUUCACAUACUGUGGAAAAGCAAAAGUCAUUGUCACUGGGGGUCAUGACAAACUGCUUCGUUUGUGGCAUCCCGCUAUUAAUAGUAGGCCUACAGGGAAGCUAUCAGGACACCGACAUAGUGUUAUGGAAAUUGUAACAAAUGAAAAAGAUCAACAUGUCAUCAGCCUUUCCUCUGCAAAGAUUUUUAGAGUGUGGGAUAUACAGACCCUUUCGCUGCUGCAGGUCUUCCAUGAUAAUCAAAGGAGUCCUGGAGAGAUGGAGACCUUUGCCAUGGUAUUUGACAAUGAUCGUGGCACGCUUAUCACUGGUUCAGCUGUCAUUGAUAUUUAUCCCCUAACUCAUAUGAUACAAGAUACGAGACAGGUGCCACAGACACAUGAGAAAAGCAUCAAUGUUCUGGUUUACAACAGGGCUUUUCACCAGAUUCUCACUAUCUGCUCUGAGUCAAUACUGAAGGUCUGGGACCUAGAAACAGGAUAUCAAAUAUAUCAGAUUGAAGAUGCGCAUGGGCUGAAUACUGAAGUGACCUGUGCAGCCAUUGAAAUAAAUGGUUUUUAUCUUGCUACUGGGGCAUGUGAUGGAACAGUGAAAAUUUGGGAGUUUGAAAGUGGGCAGGAAGUUAAAGCCUUGCCUUUGGCCCAGAACAGCAAAGAUGAGUGUCGUCUGCUGAAGAUAGUUUAUCUGAAGGCUAAUGAGAGUCAACAUGCACUUCUUCUUUUGGAGCAGAGUGGGAAGAUGAAAAUCAUUCAGGGUAACUCAGUUCAAACAUCUCUAUAUGUCACAUGGGUGCUUCCUGAAGCAGUGUCGUUUCCACGAAGAAAUCCAGUUGUGUCUCUGUCACUGAAGCCUGACACCUUACAAACACGUGAUUUUUUUCCGGAUAUUCAGCUGCUGUCUGACACCAGUUCUCUAAGGAAUGAUACAGAGAAUUUUGUACCUUCUGUGCAAAUGAAGUGUUUUGAUGUUUUAAAAGUAGAAGGAUGCAGUUUGAUAGCUACAGGAAGUGCAAAUGGUGCAAUAAUUUUGUGGGAUUUUGAAUCUGCCUCUGUGAGAUGCCUGUGUAAAAUUAAUGAAGACAGCCAGGCGUCAGUUCUUCAAGCAUCUGGAGUCAAUGCCAUGUUAUUCCUUGUACAUAGUGCUUUCUCUUCCAGGAAAAUUAGUUCCCUGCCCUCUACUACUGCUACUGUGAGGAGUGAUAUCAGUGCCAUUCCAGAGCACAAGAGCAGUUCUUUGAACCUACAUAAGGAAAAUGUAAGAAGUGAUGAAAUUAAUACUCAAAUAACAACAGCAGAAGACACAACUAGGUAUAAGAAUAUCCAAUACUUGAAGACGAAUGUACAGUUAUCCAAAGCUGUAGCAGGAUACUCACCAAUAUUGGCUUCUGCUCAUGAAAAUGGCUGUAUCUGCCUAUGGAGUACUCAGGGAAACUUAGUGAAAGAACUUUUGCCAUUUUCAAAAUAUCCUUCAGUUCCUCUGACAGCACUAUGUACAGACAUCUCCGCUAAAAUGCUUUUGGCAGGCAGUAAGGAGGGACAUAUUAUGUGCUGGAGCAUUGCCUCAUUCUUAGAAGAUCCACAAAAUAGUAAAAAUCAAAUAAAGGAGGAGCUCUGCUGGAGGGCACACUCUAAUGAAGUGGUUGCCUUAUUUCACGAAGAGGAGAAAAAUGUGGUAGUGACAGCAUCCAUCGAUGGUUCAGUCAGGCUCUGGCAUGCCAUGGAUGGAUACUAUCUUGGUUACUUCGGACAACCUAGGAAGUUCGAAUUACCAGAUAUUCGUCGGUUGAUUUUGCCUUGUGAUGUUAAUAACUUUCCUACUAUAAUUAAAGAGGAAAGCAAGCAUGUGGAAAAGAAGAAGUUUGAAUAUCCUCUAAUGCUGGACAGGGACAAGUGGAAGUCACUGACGAGAUCACCAUCAGUUUUAAAAAAGCCUAAACAUGUGGACAUAAUUCAGGACUUGAAGUUUUUCAAAGCUCUGGCUUCUCCAAAGAUCCAUAGAACACCUUUGGAAAGUUUUGAGUCUGGAAACAGAGAGGCUGGGGCAGUAUUUGGGUCUCUUCCUAUAUAUGAGGUAAGCACAGUGCUUUCUUUUCUACCUUUUGCGGUGGCAUUCAUACACCAGAAGCCAUUAGCACUAGUAAAUUAUUACCAUCAUGUACUCUGA